UCUCUCCCCUUGCUUUUACACUUUGUCCACCUCCCUUCAAUCCCUCUUCGUCUUCGUCUUCGUCUUCCCUCUCCCAACGCCGAACUACACUUCAUUAUCUCAAAUCCCCAGCUGUGUUGUGUAGGAUUAUCAAAAUUUUAGGGUUCAAAUGAAUCUCAGGAGCUAAGACUUGGAAUUUUUCUCCUUGAUUUUUUUGGUUAAAAAAGGAUAUGUCAGUUGCUGAACUCAAGGAGCGGCACAUGGCUGCCACUGAAACCGUUAAUUCCCUCAGAGAUAGAUUAAGGCAGCAGCGUCUUCUUCUUCUCGACACCGAUGUUGCGGGGUACGCCCGGUCGCAGGGGAAGACUCCAGUGACUUUUGGCCCGACUGAUCUGGUUUGUUGCCGGACUCUGCAGGGGCACACAGGCAAGGUGCACUCACUGGAUUGGACUCCUGAAAGAAAUCGCAUUGUCAGUGCAUCUCAAGAUGGCAGAUUAAUAGUAUGGAACGCUCUUACAAGCCAGAAGACUCAUGCAAUUAAGCUACCUUGUGCAUGGGUGAUGACCUGUGCCUUCUCUCCCAAUGGGCAGUCUGUCGCCUGUGGUGGCCUAGAUAGUAUGUGCUCUAUCUUUAACCUGAACACUCAAACUGACAAUGACGGGCAUAUGCCAGUAUCCAGAAUGCUUAGCGGGCAUAAGGGUUAUGUGUCAUCAUGUCAGUAUGUUCCAGAUGAAGAUACACACUUGAUAACUGCUUCCGGUGAUCAUACGUGUGUUCUAUGGGAUAUAACUACUGGCCUGAGGACAUCUGUAUUCGGAGGAGAGUUUCAAUCAGGCCAUACUUCAGACGUUGUAAGUGUCUCAAUUAAUGGAUCCAACUCCAGAAUGUUUGUGUCUGGCUCCUGUGAUUCAACAGCCCGUCUUUGGGAUACUCGUGUUGCUAGUCGAGCUGUGCGUACUUUUCAUGGUCAUCAGGGUGAUGUUAACACUGUAAAGUUUUUCCCAGAUGGAAAUAGAUUUGGAACAGGUUCAGAUGAUGGAACUUGCAGACUGUUUGACAUUAGAACUGGGCACCAGCUACAAGUGUACAAUCAACCACACGGUGAUAAUGAGGCCCCUCAUGUGACGUCUAUUGCAUUUUCCAUCUCUGGCCGCCUCCUCUUUGCCAGUUACAACAAUGGAGAUUGCUAUGUUUGGGACACUCUAUUGGCACAGGUGGUUUUAGACUUGGGAUCACUUCAAAAUUCCCAUGAUGGUCGGAUCAGCUGUCUGGGACUGUCAGCUGAUGGGAGUGCACUAUGUACAGGAAGUUGGGACACGAACCUGAAGAUUUGGGCUUUUGGAGGGCACAGAAAAGUGAUCUGAGUAGUGGGGACUGCGAUUCUCUAUUCUGAUUCCUCUAGCAAAUGGGCAUUUUCACUAAUCCCUUUCAGGAAUGAUGCUACCUCUAUCAAUGUUUCCAGCGUUCGGUUUGUUGCUUGCUGUGUUCUAUUUCUUGUAAUUUUUGUGAUGUCUGACAGAACUUCAGUAGAUAAAUGAAAAUCAUAGGCAAGGGUUUUUGAUCAGUUCCAUGAAGCUCUUCAGUCUUUCUCUUUA